CCACCAUCUCGGUCAAUUGCUCCAUCUCAUCACACGUUUCCACAACUACAACCAACUCGCAUCAACUCUUCUGCGCUCUCGAAGUCUGUUCGCUACACGCCAGAAGCAGACGUACUCCUCGCUCCACAUUCUUCUCACUUCCAGCACCGCAGCGCACCGGCCCGCUCUACUAUGGCCGCCCUUUCCCACUGGGCUUCGGCCGACACAACGUCAGGCUUAAUGGCCGGUCGCCGCCAGAGCCGCGCAAGCUCGUUCCUAGGCCCGCCCCGUCUCUUCGCCCCCGCUUAUUAUCCAACUGUUCAACAAACUGUAGUCGUCGACGGCGCCCUUCCUGGCAGCGAGCCGAAGGAUGAGGUCAAGGUUCGCAAGCGCGAGACCAUCUUCGGGCCAGAUGUUGGGGACGACGACCAGCCCGGCUGGACUGAUGCCGGGGACGGCCACGCCGUCUCUGUCGACGUCAUCAAACGCUGGGUCGACAAGGCGAAGGGCGAGGAGGGUCUCCACUCUACGACCACCCUCCAGGCUCUCGUCAAUCUCAAGCGCCCGUCGCUCCUGCUUCAUCCACUCGAGCACGUUCCAGAGGCGGACGUGACGGCUGCGCCCGUGCCUCUCGCGCGGCCCCUGCACCUUCUCAAGUUCAACUACGAUGUCAUGACGCCACUGGUCAAGAUCUCGCUCACGCUGCACCCCGCCCCGACCAACAAGAGCGGUGAUAGACUCGAAUCGGAGACGCCUCGGGUCAUGUACACGGGAGUGCGCCCGGGUGGCUUCAACAAGUCGUUCGAGCUUCCAAGGGAGGCUGCGCUCGACUUGGACCAUGCGAUUGUGCCAAUUCCCCUGGUCGAGGAGGCAAUCGAGGAAGAAGAUGACAAGAAGGCCCAAGCUCCCCGCGCGAGUGAGGACACCAGCCGCACUAGCGGCGAGCGCGUCGAGCCGGCCGUUCAGCCCGACCUUGCAGCCAUUCCCGAGCUCAAUCAGGAGCAGUCACAGCCUAGCCGCCGCUUCGGGCUGUUCCGUAGACAACGCGAGCCCGAUCUCGAGGCCAACAUUGAGAUGAUGGCGACCACCGAAGCGCCAGCUGAGGAAGAGAAGAAGGAAGAGAAAAAGGAAGAUGAGCACGGUAUGCGUCUCGUCAUCUCGCUUGAGGGCCUUGGGCCUGAGGGCGAGCCGCUCCGCCGCCGCAAUGCUCAGCUCACCCACAUCCUCGUCAGCGGGACGUGGGUGCCGGAUGCGGGAUCGACCGCGCACUCUGGUACGGGCAAGCGCGUGUGGGUGGUUAAGGUCGUGCGCCGCGAGGCGCAGAUCGGUCCCCACAGCUUCCUCCUCAAGGAGAUCUACGGUCUCUCGUCCGCGGCUGGCGCGGACUCCAGCUACCCUCCCACUUCAUCUGACCCUUACGCGUCCGCACCAAACGAGUGCAUCGUUUGCCUCACCAGCCCGCGUGACGUCGUCCUCCUCCCAUGCCGUCACCUUGUGGUGUGCCGGGAGUGUGCUGUUGGCAUGGUCGAGUUCGGUGCGGGCGGCCGCGUGGCCAGACGCGACGACGACGCCCCAGCCGCGGCCGGAACUGAGGAAGUGCCGCAGAUGGGCAUGGGUGUGGGUGGAGGCAUGGCGACGCCAGCACCGGCGCCAGCGCCCGCCCCGGCCCCAGCCCCUGCACCCCGCCGCAAGAAGAAGGCAAAGGGCUGGUACUGCCCCGUGUGCCGCCAGCCGUACACGUCGCUCCUCCGCCUUGCCCUACCACCGAGCAAGGAGAGCGGCACCGCUACUCCUGGCGUGAUCGAACCGGGCGUCCAGCGUGCAGGGAGUAUCCGCUCAAUGCGUACCGCGCGCUCUACACGCUCGGUCGCGACGCUGCCCCCCGGCGCAGAGGAGAUGCUCUCCGGCCUGGGCCCCGAGCUGAGCGACGACGACGAGGAUGAGCGCGACCGCCAGCGCAUUGAGGCGCGGGAGCGUGCCCAGGAGCUCGAGCGCCCACAGUUCGUUAUCGCCGAGACGAUGACCAACCCUCCGCCGCGCGCAGCCACCCCGCAGGGACAGGUUGCUCAGGCUCCGCAGCCGCCUGCCACGCCCCCGUCCGUCAUGACCACGGCGCCCUCGUCUCCUGUGCCGCCGCCGGCAAGCACCGCCGCCCCCGGCCCGCCCGCCACCACCCAAGCUCCAGCCCCGCCCACUGCGGGCGUCGCAAAUCUCCGCGUGGAGUAGUGUACCUUGCUUCUUGUCCGUUGUACGUCUGUAGUUGAGGAUUCGCGUCUCAGAGAUGCGGAUGGGAGGGCGGCCGUGUGUUGUGGUAAUCUAUAGAGUUGCGUAUGCUACCGUGUUCGUGA